ACAAGAGAGAGAAACAGAGAGAGAGAGAGAGAUCCAUGGGAGAAUACAAAUCAGAGGGUACUAUUCAAGUGGGGAGCUGCUAUGGAUUCAGAGUGAAUUCAAAUCGACAUGAUCAGUUUGUGAAGAAAUUAGGGAAAAACAGAAAUGGGUCUUCUUCAUCAAAAUCAUGGGGAUUGUUGGGGGAUCCUGAAUUGCAGAGGAAGAAAAGGGUUGCUAGCUAUAAGGCUUAUUCAGUUGAAGGGAAAGUUAAAGGCUCCAUUAGAAACACUUUUAGGUGGCUUAAGCUCAAGUAUACUCAGGUUAUCUAUGGCUGCUAGUGCUAGAUUGCUUCUUCUUCUUCUUUUGUGUUCUGAAUCAUAAUAAAUCAAUGGCCAAAUCUUUAUUAUU